AUGAACGCCGCGCGCCAGGCGUGUCGCCCCAAGCACCAGGUCCUGGUCCUCAAGUGCUACCCCAAGGUCCAGAAGAACAAUGCAGACGCAAAGGCCAAUUCGAGCGAGCUGAGCUACCUGCUCUACUAUGCCAGCACGCGCCGGAGUAAGCUGCAGAAGGUGGUUGAUUUCCUCGACAAGCGCUCCGUCAAGGACGUGUGGAAGGUCCGGACGGGCAAUGUGCAAGAGCCGUCACCCAAGUACGACGAGGUCGUGCAGCUGUACGCCCAGUUUGCGUCCAAGGACGCCGUCAAGACGGGCAAGGGCGCCGUGAGCUGGCCCGUCGCCAUCAGGUACCGCAAGAUAGGCCUGCAGGCGCUCAAGGCCGUAGCGUCAUCCGAGUCGCUGGGCUCCGAGACGGGCCGCCAACUCGCCGUCAUAAUACCCGUCAUCCUCGCCAACAUAUACUCGGAGAGCGGGGCAUACCUCAAGCAAUUAGAGGCUCGGGAAGACGUCCAGGGCGAGCAUGAAAAGGAGUCUGCGGUGCGGCGGCGACAUAGCGUAUCCACGGCGCGGACCGACGACGAAGACGGCGACCCUGUGGCGGCCUCGGGAACAACGGAAGACGCGGAUAAGCUGGCGGAAGAGGAGGUGGGCGUGCUGGCGCUCCAGGCGCUGCGGAGCAUCUUCCAGGGCGUGACUAGAGGCCAGCUGCGACUCGCAACGUCUGCCGUUCUCAAAUUUAUCGGGGAAAAUGUCAAGAGCAAGUUGGAGACGCCGCCGAGCGAAAGCAGCCAUUGGGCGACGACGCUCAUGGCCAUGGUUUGUUCGUGGGUGCCGGUGCAAGAUCGGUACAAUGUCCUGGUAGGCGCGGUGGAAGCCUUGGUUCGCAGCCCAAUCGUGGAGGAUGACCUCGAGCGGCAACUCGUGCUCGCGACUGUGAUUGACUACCUGCUUGCCUCACCCAUCAACUUUAUCGGGCUCAGCGUCAUGGAUGUGUUGGUCGGGUUCAUCUCGCACACGCUAUUACUACUGCAACUCGGUGGGCCAGGGUCGAACAUCCAGCCGCAUCACCAGCAGACGGCCUCUGUCGUGGGAGAAAAAGAGCAGAGCAAGCAGUCGCCGACAACCAAUGCCGACGGCGUAGUCAUGGAGGUCGUGCAGAAGCCUUCAGAGGCAAGGCGGCAACUCCUAGACACUGUGCAGAAAUGCAUGUCAAAUCUAGCAACGCACGUAUACUACACGGACCAAAUCUCAGACAUGAUCGAGGCGAUCCUGAGCCGCCUCAAGCCCUCGCGUCUCUCGACCAUUGCUACUACCGCCGAAGCCAUCCAGAAUCCCGAGGGUGCCGUCGAGGCGGUUGCAGACUCGAUCAGCAUGCAGGAGAAGACGCAUAUCGAUCGAUUCUUCUCGUUUGAGACUGCACGCAUCACUGCUCUUGACUCGGUCAAGGCAAUUUUGAAGACGGCAAACACGCGGAGACCAGACGGAUCUACCGCGUCAGUGUCACGAAGCAAAGUUGGCGUAAGCGUCUGGGAAGGCUCGCAGUGGCUGCUGUGCGACCCCAGUGGCCGGGUCAGGAAAGCCUAUGUCGACGCAUUGGUCACUUGGCUGAACACGGAGAAGGACAAGGAAGACUUGAGGAUUGUAAACAAUUACCGGCGGAAAGAGAAGGAUACCGAGAAGAAUGCACUGUCGAGGCGCGCGAUGUCGAGCGCCUCUAUGAGAGACAGGACGCCAAAGCGCGGCAAAGACACAUUCUUGCCUCUGCUUCAUCUGGCUGUGUACGAAAACGCGCACCAGUUUAUUGACUCGGAGGCCGACUACUUGCUUCUGCACCUCCUGCUUGCCACCUUGGUCGACCGGUUAGGUGUUAACGCUGCACGGAGUGGGUUGCCGAUGAUCUUCCGGCUGCAAGAGGAUAUUGCGAACACAGAAGAUCCUGGCGCCAAGUUGCGCAUCGGAAGCUUGGUGCAUGGCUAUCUCUGGGCACUCAGCGCGGCUCUGGAGUUUGAGGUCACCUCGGUUGGUCGCGCGCUGCACAAUGAGAUUUCGCGUAGGAACCAAAAGGGUCUGUGGAUGAAGAGCAUCAACGUCCCUCCGAUGCCGAUUGAUCGCAUCGAGAUACCACAUCCAACGCCGGUUGCGGUGCCCCCGGAAAUUGUGCACAACGAGGCACUCAAGCCUUUUGACAAUCGGGAGGCACUUGUGGAGAAGAUCUCGGAAGGUUAUUCGUCUUCGUUGCUUUCCCCACCGUCUUCGCCUGCGGGGUCGCCUGGCCGGCCAAGAUCAAUCAAGUCGUCGAUUCCUGCCAUUCACCAGCCUACGCAACCAGUGGCUCCACAUGAUGCGCCUGAGCUGCCUUUCAACGUGCGAGAAGAUCUCAUGGCGCAAUGGUCUCGCGAUGACUGCCUUGCGACUCACACCAAAGACUCUUCGUCGGCGUCCAUGACGGGUUCCAAGUCUGGGACCCACUACACCAGGAAUAACUUUCUUGGUGUCAACAUUCCCCAUGGCAACCUGGACAGCAAUGGCAGCUCGCCUGCUCCCAGUCCACGGCGGGCACAAAGCAGGCCUCCAUCUACCGCUUACGGGCUGGCAAAUCGCCUUUCGUCGCCCAAUCGAAGCCGCAGUCCUGGCGGCACACCCAACAGCUCGUCGUCUCUGCGCUCAACCGUCAGAGUCGACGACCUCCGACGCGCUCUCUCCACAUCUGGCGGCGGAGCCCCAAGAACCAGCUACUCUGUCCGCGCCCCAUCGCACCGCCACCGCAAAUCCCUCUCGGACCACGCAUCCACAACAUCGGAAUCCCUCAUCAGCGUACACUCCCUCUCCGACACAUCCUUUAUCACCACGAACAACCCCACCUCCGACUCUCAGCACCUCCCCAACCCAGACUCGCCCACAACCCCCGCAGCAACCAUGACACCCCGCCCCCAAACCGCCACAUCAACUCAUUCCACCGCCCCCGUCUACACAGCCGAGAACCCGCCUCCCGUGCCCCCCAUCCCAGAGGAUCUCAAGUCCAACGGCCAGACCCACACAAAGGACUUUGCAUCCCGCCCGCGCACAGCGACCAACGGCGACGUCUCCCCAGCAGCUAAAGCGCGCAGCGUCAAAAGCGGCCGUAGUCGAAGCAGAGAUCGCAGGAGAAGCAGUAUGGCUAGAUCAGUCGCUCCUUCUACCAUCACCACUGCCGCUGCCACCACUACUACUGGUGUCGGUGGCAAACCGGAUUUCUCAGGCUUCUUGGAUAGCAUUGGGGUGCAGGGUGAGGAUGACGACGAUACAAGGGACGAGGUUAGUGUGGGUAAGGCGCCGUAUUGA